AUGUCUUUCUCCUUUGCUCCAAUUCCUUUACCUAACCCUUCAGAGAUACUUCAUGACCUCUCCCCCUUUAUAUUAAUCCACAAAAAUGGUCGGAUCGAACGGCUUGUCGGAGAAGAGGUCCUUCCUCCAGGCACUGAUGAAUCUACUGGUGUUUGCUCCAAAGAUAUUCUAGUAUCAGAAGAAACUGGCUUGUCCGCAAGGAUAUACUUGCCCGGGACAACUGCUGGUGAGAAGCAAAAAGUCCCGGUACUAAUUUACUUUCAUGGAGGCGGUUUUGUAGCUGGAACCGCCUCCAGUGCCUUUUUCCAACCUUUUUUGAAUAAACUUGCAUUGCAAGCAAAUAUUAUUAUAGUUUCUAUCGAUUAUAGAAAUGCCCCGGAGCAUACUUUUCCGGCUCCAUUUGAUGAUUCUUGGACCGCCUUCAAAUGGGUUGCUUCUCAUGCAAGUGGAGAGGGUAAUGAGCCAUGGCUUAAUGAACAUGCUGAUUUUAAAAAAGUUUUUUGUGGUGGAGAAAGUGCUGGUGCUACUAUAUGUCAUCAUUUGGGGAUUAGGAUUGGAUUAGAGAAGGCAGUCGAUACAUUUGAUCAAGAUGGAAUCAAGCUAGGUGGGAUUGUGUUGAUCCAUCCGUAUUUUUGGGGAGAAACUUUAAUUGGUGACGAGGUUAUUGCUGACAUGACACAAACAAACUUGCUAGGGAAUUUGUGGCGGGUUGGAUACCCGUUGGCUAAUGGGUUAGAUGACCCGAUAAUUAACCCGGGUUUGGAUCCUAAUCUUUCGAAAUUGGGUUGCAAAAGGGUGCUUGUUUGUGUGGCUGAAAAGGAUUUGUUAAGGGAUAGAGGAUGGAAGUAUUAUGAAGAUUUGAGAAAGAGUGAUUGGGAUGGACAAGUAGAUAUGCUUGAAGCCAAAGGAGAGGGGCAUGCUUUUCAUUUGUUCACACCAUUUUGUGAAAAUGCAGUGAAUCUUUUUAAGGCACUGUCUUUGUUUAUCAAUGGGGACAAAUAG